CACUAUUUAUAUGCAAACGCUACGAUUUCAUCGUUAUACGUUUCCACGUCUGAAGUACAUAGACAAUUUUCAAGCAUGAAAACGCAUCCUAGGGGGACUAGUUCUGCUAAAUGUCAAACAGAAGGAUAAAGAGAGUUUUUCAAUUUAAACUCCAAUACAACCUCUAAGAUUGGUGUAUCAAACUCUAAGUGAGUGUUUUCUUGCCUUAUAAUUAAUAGGUGGCGUCUGGCGCUACUAUGUUUGCGAAGGAGUUGGUUAUAAGCUGUACAAAUAGCUAUUUUUUCCGGAAAUUUUAUUACAAAUAAUUGUUUCAGUGUAACUCACUUGUUUCGAUUUUCAAAAUACAGCUAGUAUUUAACCAAUUCGUGAAACACCUAAGUAGUUUAGAGUGUCAAUGAAACAAAGACUCACUUAUGACUUCGUCAUUUCAACCGUCAAACUUUUCAAACCUAACCUCAUCUGUUACGAAACGCUCUGCUACCACUAUAUUGACCGCAAAGAAGUCACCUGUUUUCUGUUCGUACACAAAGGCCACUUUCGUUUCCUUUUUAUUGUUGGGACCUGAGGGUCUUUGGUAGCUCCGUGCUGUUUAUUCUUAAGUGAUUAUCCAUUGAACUCACGUAAGUGAAUAACAGGAUGUAUACGAGAAUGGAUUUUGGACACGUGUUAUUUAUACACGAGAAACGAUGCAGAGGAGCAUGCCGGAAAGGUAAAAAAUUCCCACUCGAUAUACUACUGAAUGCAGUUGUUAAUAUAGUUCAAAAUAGAUAAUGCGUAAUGUGGCAAAGAGAAAUGCUUUGGAUAAAAUAAUAUGUGACAAACAUACACCCAAGGCAUAUGAGUGUCGAAAUAGAAGAACAUAAUAGUAAGAUAUGUAUGUAUACUGACAAUCAUAAUUUCCUAUGAAAACAAUAGUUAUUAUAAAGAUAAAAGUGACUCACUAGUCACAUGCUGUCUGAGUUAUUAAGUUCUGUUCAAAAGUUAGGAUGAAGCACGCGUGUAUUAGUAUUAAAAACUACAAGUCCAUGAAUGUUAUUUCCGACCUCAUUAUUUAUCCGUAGAAAAUACAUUUCUUAUUGAUUUAGCACCUAUAAUGCUGCCCAGCAUUUUUAACCCAUGAGUCAGAGAUUGCAAAAUUACCUUGUUUCGAGAGCUAUAUAGGAUUUUCAAAGCUUAGCUCAGAACUAAAUACAUAAAUUUGUAAUCUGUCACUGAGUCAUGUUAUCUUUUUGUUUGUGUUUUAGAUUGCGUUUGUUAUCUGUAACAUUAGGAACUGUAGGAAUAUCAACAUUUUCACCUUAGUGUAAUCUUUUAAUUCUAUAUCCAUCCCCUUCUGGUUUAUGAAACUGGCUAUGAAGUUACUGGCAAAACCCCUGCUUUCAAGCAAUUUUUUAUUUUGUUUCCAUCAACGAUUAAGGAAUAGCCUCACUUUAGGUUUGUCAUGAACACUAACUCUAUUGACAUGAUAUUCAAUCUAAACUACUUUGACAUUGUGAGUAAAACGAUGUGAUUUUAGAUUAAUUGUUAGGCUCUGUACACUUACACACGUUUGGUGUUUCCAGCUUUGUGCUAAGGGUAGGUUUGUUUCUCAUAAAUGCCGAUGAAAUCCGGGUUUGAAAAUUUCUGAGUAGAGUGUAAUCCUUUGCACUAUAAAUACAGUAUUUGUCGAAGUUCAAUAAUGUGGGACUUGGAAAGACGAUAGGCAACUGUAAACAUAGAUAAAAUGAUUAUAAUUCCCUGAUAAUCAUCAAUAACUAAGCUCGGAAUGUUUGUUUUUGUGAAUCCAUGAGCCUGUUAAGAAGAAAUAUAGGAUUCGAAUCACAUAUGAGCGGAAAUCAUUUGUGAAUAUGAAAACGUAAAGAAUAUCCAAGGUCACUCAGUAUUCUAUUUGCUUCCUAAAAAUAUAGAUACUGAUUUGAUGACGGUUGGACCCCAAAACAACCACUUUCUCAUAUUUGAAUUCUACAUAGCCGAGCAGUAAGUCCAACCUCAACCGUUUAUGAGUCGUAGUUGACGAGAAGCAACGUAUAACCCAUUAAUUAGCUAUAGACCUUUUUAGUGGACUAGUCCGUAGCUAUGAUAUGUGACCACUAUCCAAGUGUGUGGCGAGAAGCUUGUGGUCAGAAUUUGUAGUCCAUGAGUUUGGCAGGCAACCCGAUCAUUAUCUAAAUUGUAAAUUUUAUUUCCGAUUCUGAAAAAACAACAUAUUUGUUGUACGCUCGAGGUAAUAACUCAGUCCAUUUACCAUAGCAAUACCUAUACAGGCGGAAAAAUGAUAUUUAAUAGUAGCUUAUCAUAUAAUAGCACUUUCAAAACCACUUUGAAACGUUUAAUUACAUUUUACUUACUUCUACUCAUGUUUCAUCAGUGAUUCAGAUUCGCUUACACCUAUAACACAGCUGACUUCACCAACUCUUCUACUAUGAUUAUCUCACCCGACAAUUCACGCAAAACGGACUCUUUGUCGAUCCUUUAACCAGAGCUAUCCAUGAGAAGACAGGAUUUGAAGAAAGACCCUGUAUCUCCGGAAGAAACGGAAACGAAUCUAGCUAAAGUUCGUUUUAUGUAUAGUAUUGUACAAGACAAAGAAGCCAAUAGGAAUAUGCGUUAGUUACACAUUAUCUCCGAGUCACAACAAUAUUAAGGUGUGGAGGUCCACAAUAAUAGUUUGUGUUGAGAUAAGCUCAGCAAACAACACUACUGGUUUGAAGCAACCCUAACCAAAAGAGAUGAAAAAUAAGCUUGGGGAUUGUCUAAAUUUAAUAAACCGUAGUGGUUAUUAUAUCCCUGAAUUUCUACAUUAAAAAGAAAAUGAAGCACUGUGCGUUACUUAACCUGAUUGUUGCAUUGAAAAUAUUCAAUGCUGUAUUAAACAGCAUCAUUUGCGUAUGCUUUGUGGAUAAAUAUAGUUUAACAAUCAUCUGCAGUUAUUUGAUAUUAUUUAACACAACUACGUGACCAAAUACAGUACUAUAUACUAGGCUUUAUAGCAGAGAUAUUUAAGGGGAAGGGAUGCUUUCUGAUGACUGGUGGGUUGAUCGAGGUUCAAACGUACAAUAAAAUGGUCGGACCUCGAGUACUUAAAUCACUUUCCCUCUAGCUCACAAACUAGUUUGGUAGUACAUUGUAAAAUCAUUUAAUGGAAUUGAUAAUUUUACCCGAGCUUUCUUCUUUCUUUCACAUCUUCAUCCAGAAUUCGAUCACCAAAUUAGUUUUAUAUCUUUCGUUUGGCUCAUUUUAAACGUUGAUCCUUCUGAGGCUAUGUAUUAACAUCCGAAUCCAAGGAUACGAAAAUCAUUUGAUGUUAUCAAAGUUUGCUCAGUCGAGCAGGAAAAUUUGUUUCUCAGUUCCACUCACCCUUUUGCACACGUAUAAAAGUUGAUCGAUGGGGUUAUUAAAUGUAUGUAAAGAUGAAAAAUGAUUAUUUCGCCUAAAAUGGUUUAUGAAUUCAGAACAUAUCGUUCAUUUUUAUUAUUUAUAAUGUUCAAUCUUCUUCGCUUUGUGUUUGAACACUUGUAUCUGGAAAAGUCCAGGUGUAGUAUUAUAAUGCUGAGCAACGAUUGUUGUAUGUCUCUUCUUUUAAUUUCAUGACACUGUUGAUGAUGAGACAUAAAUGUAUCAAAAAAUAUUGUAUCUGUUAUAAAUGUUCAUGCUACUUCUUUUGGUGAAAACAGGUGAUAUUCGCGUCCCACAUAAAUGCUAGGAUGGUAAAGUUUGUUUUUCAUCGAUGUAUUUUAAAUAAUGCUGAAUGUAGCUAGUCGUAUUAACUUACUUUACUUCUUUGUGAAUGUGAAUGAGAGACUUGAGGGUUGAAUUAUGUUGAAUUAUGAAGUAUUGUACAUUUUAUUAGUUGCAUGUUAGUCCUCAAUGGGUGAGACUUUCUUUUUUUUACCAGUUUUUACUUUUGAUAUAUCUAGUCUUUACACAAAUCCGUGUUAGUAUUUCGAAUUUAUUUUUUGAAUUUUUCAAUAUUAGUCUUAUAGUUUGCGAAUAUUUUCUCUGGAUAAAUAAAAAUUUAGGGUUUUUCAUUGUGACGCCAUCUAUCAUAGAUGAUGAUUGCUUCGUUUGUCUCACUUCAAUAUUUGGUUUGAAUAUCGGUUUUAUUUCUACAUCUAAGACCUCUCAGAAACUCAUUCUUUCAAGUGAAUGUACAAUGCUUUGUUGAGACUCAGGUAAAUAAUUUGUACGUCUUUCUUAUGAAAAGGUUGUAGCCAUCAUAGCGUAUGAAAAUGUUUCAGUCAAGUAAAGUUUGUUAUUAAAUAUAUCAUUACAUGCAGGUAAAUAUUGAAAAUGUUUAAUUGGAAAGCUGCUUUCAAUACCCCCUUAACAAACACUCUAGUUUGCUUACUACUGGUUAGCGAUCACGAAGUCAUUAUAAUUAGAUGGUGGUAAAUGAUUUUGAGAAGAUAAAAGUAUAGCCAGAUGGACUUAGACAAUUCUUAUGUGUUACCUAAGCAUUCUUAAUUGCCAGUGAAUGUCCCAUGAUUGUGUUUAUUGAAUUCGCGAAUAUUUAUUAAAUAAGUUGAAGAUAUUAUAAAAAGAUGUGUGAAGUGAAUUGAUAGAAAAUACUGGAUACUUCAUUGCUAGAUAUGAUUAGAUGAUUGGCAAGUUAAUAUCUGCAAAUCCAAAUAACAGACCAUUUUCACAAACUUCAUCCAUGAAUUAAGUUCAGUUAAAAGUACGAUCCACUGUUUUAUUUCAUACAUUUAUGAAGUUAGAAGAAAAAACUUGGUAACUUUUUCCGUCAGUGACCAGGAUGCAUUGUUCAUAUUCAAUGAAACUAUUCAUUGAGGGGUGUUUAAGUUGAAAAGGAAUAUAUUUUACAGCUAAUUUCGAUAUUUAGUAACUAAAAAGCAGUAAAGUACAAUAUGUAUUAUUGAAGAUAAUAAUUUAUAAGGAAGUAGUUGAAUAUAUCAUGUUUACAGGAUGUAGCCACUAGAAUAGACAGUAUAAAUGAUACCAUAAUAUACUGCAUCAAUCUCAUUUACAUGUUACGGUACAGCUUCAUACCUAGUUAGACGACUAUUUGAAAUUCAUAUGCCGUUAGCUGCAGAAUUUUGCUAUCUAGUAAAAGUUUAGGUAAAUUAAGAUAUCAAAAGAAAAAAAUGCCGAUAGGCUUUUUCUAGCCUCCCAGGGAAUGGUAUUUUGUCAAAAAAUUAGUUUUAGUAUAUAAUUAUGAUGGCUAUAUAUCAGCUGCGUAAUUAAUAUUUAGAAAUGUUUAUCUAUUUAUUUAAAACACAUAAACAUAGGUACAAGGAGGAAGUCAACCAUGAAACAUAGUAUCACUUUAUUUACUAAACGAUUCAUAAAAUACUUUUCCCCCAUGGGUUCAUUAGCUGUGCAUCUUUAAAUUCUGGUGGGCUCGACAGUUUUGCCCCAAAAUGCCCUGGUACGAUCGAGGGUGGGGAGAGUCCGUUCUCUCUCCCAAAAUGCUGAUCACAUGGCCUCGCGUAUACAGCCACUGACAGGGAAGCUCUACUCACUGCCUUCUCGUGACUGGAGUGUUGUUUACGAAAUUGAGCGAACGAAAAGCGAAUGUCCGGUGCUUCAACUGGGUUGGUGGAUAUGAAGGAUGCGCUUAGAGGAGUUGAAAAGCCUUAAUUCCAGGCCAAUGGUGUACAUGGGCUCCAGGAUUCUAAAGGGACAAAUGGCAUGUGAACUUAUUGUUGGUCACCGGCCACUAUGGGACUGCGUCUCCUGAAGUUGCUCCACUGCCUUGUGGAUUAGACCUUCAAGUCAAAGGCUCGGGCUGUGGCUCCCUAAGAAAACCAUUUGUUUUAGUUUGGGUUCGCGGGAAGUAUGUUGACUCUCACACAAAUCAAAUGACGAAGUUUGGCGCAUAUAUAUUUGGUGCCUCCUUGUACCAAUGUUUAUGUGUUCUAAAUAAAUAAAUAAUGAAUUUUAUAACAUCCUCCUGUAUUCUGGGUAUAGGUAUAUCUAGUUAGUCACUUACACGCCAUAGUUGAGGAACUAUCUGGUCGUCUAAUCCUUAACAUCGUCAUUUUUUAAAUACCCUUCAGAGACCUAUAUUUCACAUAUUCUUACAUGAAAAACUUACGUUGUAAUGUCACCCUUCUCCGACAACUCAGUAUGAACGUACUUGACUGUGACGCUUCAUGAAAGGUUCGAGUCUUUCCAAUGUUAGGAAUGAGCCAUACUGUUAAAUCCGACCAACAAAAAAUCUAUGCCUUGAAGUUCAUUACCGUUUCCUCUGCUCACACAGUACCGUUUUAUUUUGUCAGAUUUUUAUAUAGUGGAUAGGAUUUCAUUGCUACAAUCGUUGAAUAAAAAUGUCACACUGGUCAGACUUUCUAAUACUCUGGUAAAAUCUUACGUUUUUGAAGUGUCCUAUAAAUUUUUAUUGAGUAUACAUUGAUUUUUUUCUAUUUAAGUCACAUUAUUGUCCUACACUAUAACUAUUCAAGUUGACGUUAUUACCAAUAAAUCUCUUAUUUUCUGUUUUCCCACAAAAAUGUUACAAAGAUUGUAAAUAUAAAUGCUAAGCGUACUAAUUUCUAAGGUAUGACGUUUAAGAGAGGUGAUUUUUUAAAUAACUUACAAGAUAAUUAUCCAAUUGGAAGCAAAGUCGUAUAAACCUAAACUUUGUAGGUUAUUAGUACUGAAAUGGGCUUUUUUCUGAAUAGCAUAAAAAUAGCCCUUUUUACUACGUAAUAUCUAACUGGUAACUUGUACAUAUUAAUGAACAGCGUACAGAAUGUUAUACUAUACAGCGAAAUCCUUUCUAAAACCUCUUGUUAACAUUUCAUUUGUUACUACUGUUUACGUAUCUAAAUCAUUUUAUUGUGUUGAAGUUCGUACUUUCGAAAAACAACCUUUCCUAGAUUGUACUUAUUGUCUUUUCCUUCUAUCACCGGUGUUAUAUUAGUGUGUGGGUUAGCUAUGCUCGCUAGUGCUGUGGGUUAAAUAUUGCCAUAAGUCGUAGUCUAGUUGAUAGACUACCGAGAACACAUACGUUUUCAUGUCUGUUAAAAGCCUAAGCACCUAGGUUUCACCACAACUAAUAAACCAAACGCUUGGAAUAUUCACAUUACAUCAACGAAUUAGUUGACUUUUCAUCCAAACAACUACGGAUUUAUCUUUUAUAUAUAUAUGCCACCUCGUGGAUUUUACUAACUCUGAUCCUUUUGGAAACCAAACUUUUUGUAUCUAGUGAGCAUACUUCUUUUUUAUUACUUGACUCUAUUUUAUUAUUUUGAGGUUUUGCGAUGCAUUCAAAUACAAAUUCAUUGAUUUUAUAACCAUGGACCCAUGAGUACCACCAGAGUUUAUAUAGCUUCUCUUAAGUGUAUAGAUCCGCUUGCUGUGUUUCUUUUGUCCUGAGAAGUUUUCGUUGUGGGAUACCUCUCAAAGUAAUAAUUUUGGUUAUGCUAGUUCCUUCCUACCCAACGAUAACCCAGACCAAGUCAGAAAGCUAAUUCCCAAUAACUACAGGGAGACAAAAAUGUGACCCUACGUUCGUUCUGCAAGCUGCUAAUCAGUCUAGUAUACGACCGUAUGAAAGCAACAGUUAGUGCUGGAUUUUGGGUUAGAUACGAUGUUCACUUGAAGGUGUGUUGCAGCGAACAUAUUUGUACCGACCACUGAAACAAACCUUAUGGGCCACUAUGAUUUAUUUGCAGUCACCAAGCAUCAUAAACUCCCUAAUGUCUCUAUAAAAGGCGUUUUGGUCGAUUCAUCAUCUAUAAGUCUAGUUAUCUAAUCGAAGCUUUAGUGCAUCCAUACUAAACUACUAGCAGCCUUUCUAAUGUUAAACCAGUUCGGAUACGUCAAACCGGAGGGAAAAAAGACAUUACGCAUCAUAUUGUAGCAAAAACACCACCAGCUUCAGAAAAGCCACAAACAUUAGACCUAAACAGGUCCAGGUUACAAAAAGAAAAAAUGGAAAAAUUACUGGAACUAGCCACAAUUUCCCCGUCUAGCAUGGCAUGGUCGUUUAUCUUGGAUGUGCUGCAUAUAGAAACAUUUGAUGAGAUCAGAGCAUGAAGUGAUUAUGUAGGUUUAAACAGAUAGACACUGAGCGACAAGGGUUCCAUAUACUCACAACUCUACGAGUGACAUGUAUCGGGCUGCAGUCUUCUUGGAAAUUAGUCGAAUCCUAGAGUUUGCAACUUUUAAAAAGCGCUAACAAUUUCGCGUAGACUACGUCUUUCCCAAACGGUAUAUAGAUGGAAAUCGUAACUUAGAAAUGAAAUGAGAAUAUCGCAUUUGUAAAAUGAGACAUAUGAACCGUUUUACGAGGGUUAUACUCACAGAUAUGCACAGCAAACUAGAGAUAGAUAUUUGGAGGAAUGCAAACAACAAAGACAACGAUAAAUUUAUUUAUGUUAUUCGAGUUUAUUGAAGUGCAGUGCAGAGAAUACUGAGUUGAAAUUAAAUAAAUGCUAUCUCACUUGUAGUACUUUGAAUAAAAGUAAUGCUCAUGAAAUCAGAUGCUGAAUCAGCACUUUUGACUACCAAGUAUUGAAUAUUUAGAUUAUCGACAAGAAUAUUCUUUUGUAUUUUAGUAAGUGGUAAAUUUGAGCUGUCAUUCUUCAUUGCUCGGCUGAACAUAGUAUUAAUUAUCUUUCUAUAUGUGCUUGUGUAAUAAGAAUAGCUAUUUUAGUUAGGCUCACGUAAGACUUAUGCUUUCUGUUCACGUCUUCGAAGGUUGACACUCAAAGAUAAAUAAACAAUAACUCAUUUUCUAUUCUUUCGUGUUGUACUUUUCCUUUUGACAAACAUUCAAUUUAAAAGAAGCCUAAGUUCAUUUUUCCAAUGACCUUUCGUAAGUGUCUAGAAAAAUGCAUAUCAAAUAGUUCAACUUUUCACCCAUAGCGUGAUUUUUCUCUAGCCUUGUAUUCUCAAGGUUCUGGACUUGUCUGAUUUCUAAUUGGUUGAAUUACGUUCAGUUUUAAUCAACCUAUCAUAGUAGACUAAUUUUUCACCCCUAUGAUCUAGAUGUAUAAAGCACUCAUCACGAACUACUUAUUGAGAGAACGACGAAAUAAUUAUUCUUUCUCCGCAGGUCUGCAGAAAUUUCUGUCCGUAAAUUCACGUCUAUAUGACUUUGAUAUUUUCAACAGCUAUUUGAUUCUUUUACAUACAUCCGCUCAGUUCAUUGUUUUGGCAUCUUAUAUCAUCAUCGAUUCGCAGCUUACAUUCCACUGAAUUUUACAUAUUACUACUGAUAAACUCUUCUUCAAUAACAACUUACCCGCACAUAAAUAAUGGCUCGUAUAUCGAAACCUAAUCGUAUUUGCUUGAUUUUAUCCACAGUUGCAUUGCUUUUCUUGUCCCUGAUGUGUAUAAUCGGGUUAUUUAUAUUCAACUAUUUAUUUGCUAGUCUGAUUUCCAGGAAACUUGCUAUUUUACCCGGUAGUGAAAUUUUUGAUAACUGGAAAUCACCAAGUGUCCCUGUGUAUUUUUCCAUAUAUCUGUAUAAUUUGACUAAUCCUCAAGAAGUUCUAAGUGGUGGUCGACCAAGAUUUACUGAAGUUGGCCCUUACGUUUAUCGCGAGGAUCGUCAACGUAACAAUGUAGAAUUUUCCGGAGAAUCUCCUCCGAAAACUGUAAAAUAUCAACACAGAAUUUUCUACUACUUUCAACCUGACCUCUCUGUCGGCCCUGAUGAUCAGGGAAUCGUUACAAGUCUUGAUCUGGUAACAGUAGCCAUAAAUAAUCUUCCGGGAUACUACAAAAUGAUAUUUUUUUUAUACACGUUCAACGCAUUCAUUUCAAAGACACCUCGUGAAAUCAUCUGGGGUUACCAAGAUCCACUGAUGUCUGUUUGUCUAACUUCUAAAGUUUGUGACACAGAUCGUGCUGGCUUAAUGGCUAUGAACAAUGGUACAAAAGUUGCUGAUUUCGUGAUUGAUACCGGUGCUUACAAUAUUUCAAACGUCGGGAAAGUGCUACAAUACAAUGGAGUAACAUCUUUGAACUAUUGGCGUACGGAUUACGCUAAUAUGAUAAAUGGCACAGAUGGGAGUGUUGUACGGCCAGGAUUACAAAUGUCUUCUCGAAUAUCCUUUUUUGUGCCAGAUUUCUGCAGAUCCUUUCAUUCAGAUGCUGUGGGUUGGGCGACUGCAACUCAUGACAGUAGUGUACAUCUACUUAGAUUUGCGUCCCAUCCCGAACAAUCACAGAACGCCACUGUUAAUCCGCUGAAUGCUGCAUUCUGUCCGAAGAAGAAGGCCGGCCCAGACUGUCCUCCAACAGGAAUGAUACCUUUGUCACCUUGCUCGAACCCUAAGAUUUCGGUCCCUAUAUUUGCUUGCCAGCCACAUUUCUUGGGAGCUGAUCCAAGUAUUCGGGCAGCUAUGGAUGGGAUAAGAAAACCUGAUGAAAAGCUUGAUUCUACUGUAUUACUUAUUGAGCCUAAUACUGGAUUUGUAUUGGAAGCUUUUAAAAAGGUUCAGAUUAAUGCAUACAUUGAAAACGAUGGCGGUUUGAAUGAAGUAUACCAAGAUAUGGCAGGACCAUAUUUCUUCCCCUUAGCUUGGUUCACUGAGUUUGCAGUGGCUGACAAAAAGGCGUUAAGUAAAAUAUCAAACUAUAUUCUUAAGCCUAAGAAAAUAAUACCUAUUGUUUUAUCAACUGUCGGUUCACUUGCACUUAUAUCAGCCGUCAUUUUGAUAGCAGUUCUAUUAAAGCGUUAUAAAUUAACAAAAACUGAUAGUGCUUCUAUUCACGGUCAAGCUGAAUCUACAUUCAUGCCAACAGAUUCUGGGUUAUGUAAUAAAACAGAUGAAAGCCCAUUUGAUCAAUGGACUGUUAAACCUUCACCAGAACACGAAUCUUUUCAGGUUAUCGAAUCAAAACCUUUGCUCAAACCUAGUGAUACAGGUGGAAAAAUAGUUGUCUGAUUUAUUUAUCCUCGUUGCUGUCAAUUCGUCUGUUAGUCCCCCAGCUACAUAUAAAUGGUGCUCACUGUUUUCGCGAAACCAAUCGAAGUAUUUUUUUAUCAAAACAAAGGAAUAUGAAAUGAUCCGAUUUCAUUCUUCUUCUUCUUCUAUUGUAGUGCUUCCCGUAACCUUAUCCCAGUGCUCAUUGAAAUUUAUUUCUACAUUACACUGUUUAUUUCAAAUGUAUAAUACAAUAACCAUAUCCUAAACUUUUAAAAUUUAGAAACCAGUCCGCUGACUAUUCGUACCUUCUUCUCUCCAAGAAAUGUAACCAAUCUGUUUGUUGAUUUUCUUCUCGCCUUUGAGCUUUUUAAGGCUCAAUGCUUAAAGCUUAUUUAGGUGCUUCCUUUUUUAGCCUAUAUUAGAUUUGCUGUAUGCAUACGAUUAUAUAUGUACUUUAUGUCAUAAUGGAUCUUUAACUGCAACCGGAUGUUUUUGAUAUUUUCUCCCUAUCAAAACUCUAUUCUAUCUAAGCAUAAUUUUCGCUCGGAUCAUGCUUUUCAACUUCCUUCUACAUUGUAUUCAAAAAGUUACUCCGUUUAUUCUUUCUAAGAAUAUGGUAACUCUAAUUUUGGUUUGCGAAUCAAGUAAUUAGAUUAUAUAUUUUUGUUAUUUCUGUUCACAAUUUGUUGUAUUCUCCUUAUUCAUAUUAGUACUUUACUCCUCAUGCCGAUUCACCCACUGUGUCCUAUCUAUCGUUUUUACAAAUACUGCCUUUUGUUUGUAUUCGCCGCUUUAAUUAGCAUUUGUUAUAUUAUAAAAAAUCUUGUUUUUUUAUUUUCAACAACUCAAUACAAAAUAGAGGUAUUGGAUUUCAAUGAUAUUUUCAAACGUUUGAUGUAGUUGAUAUCAAUUUUCUCUAUGGUAUUUGUGUAGGCAGUAUAGUGUUCAAGCACUACAGCGAUGUGAUAGGUGUUUUGAUAGCUGUUUAAGUGAACUUAGUUACAUUUUAGUAACUGUGUAAGGCGAUAAAUGCACAAAAUUUCUGCCCACAUGCAUAUAAUAUUCAAAUGUGUAGGUUGGAAUAUGAUUCGUGUAUGCUCUGUGUUUGUCAAAAGGAAAGUUUCUAUUUUGCUUAAUUUUCUGUAUUUAAAAAAUUGUCUCGUUUAUUUAAAAAGCAGACGUCGGUGAAAUUACUGAAAGUGUAUAAGAUGUGCUUAAUGAAUCAUAAAUCAUAACACCGAUUUGUUGGAAACGGAAAGAUACUUCAUGAUCUUUUACUCCAUAGAUUGCGAGGAUGGUUUUAAUACUGAUUAUUUAAUCCCACCUUUUUUAUUCAAAUAAUGACACUUCGUUAUCCAAGCAUAGUAUCUACAAUACAGUGCGUCAGAUUGGGAGUUUUCUACAGGAACUUAUUUACAUUAUGUUAUAUAGUGUUUGGUGAUAUAAACGUCAGAUUGUGUUAUCAACACACCAUAAGUCGUAAACAAUUCAUGACUUAAACAGGGUUGUAUUUACGCUACUCAUAAUGUAAUCGUUGCUUGAAAACUCUAUGAAUGUUUCCUCUCUACUUAUUUUAUUAUAUCUUCUCCUUCGAUUAAAAAUGUUUGAGUUGUAUUCUAAGUGCUAUCGUUGUUUUGAUCAACUUGACAUUUUAUUACGAUGAUGGUAUUUGUCGCAAGUUACUGACCC